AUGGUAAGUGUUCGGCUUCUUUUCCUUGAGAUCGAGAAGGGCUGGAGGGAGGAUUACACCAGUCAAAGGCAUAUGAGCAAGCAGGUUGUGAACAGCCCUGAAGCCGUUGCUCCUGGACCCCAUGAAGGUGCGGGAGUUUUAAGAAUCAGUCCUGAAAAUGAUCUGCAGAAUGUCCCAUCUCCAGCCCCCGCUGUGAUGGCCGGGCUUUCCCCACCACUCUCUAACGACACCAAAACAAUUCCCUCUGAAGAAGCUAAACCAAAUGAUUUUGAAAGGACCAAAGUCGGGGUCUGCAAGCUCAGCAGCACCCCGGUGCAAGCCAAUUCCACCCUUCGGAGGGGAUCCGUGGAAACAUUCCCAUGUAAACACAGCCCCGGGGCAGGGCCCGUCGGGCAAGCUGCGAUCCCUCACUGCAAAAUUCCCGCUUUGCAAAGCACCGACGGGGACGCUAACCUAAAACUUGGUAAGAGCACACUGGAGCAAAACAACUCCAAGGGCACCUGGGUGACCUUGAGCCAGAGUACCGUCGUACUGGGCACAGAUGGCAACACUUCUGUUCUUCCUGGCAGAGUGGAGGGGGAAGACGAUGUGGGGGAUGAAAAUAAAGCCAGAGGGAACUGGUCUAGCAAACUGGACUUCAUCCUCUCCAUGGUGGGUUAUGCAGUGGGGCUGGGCAAUGUCUGGAGGUUCCCGUACCUGGCCUUUAAGAAUGGGGGAGGUGCGUUCCUCAUCCCCUACCUGAUGAUGCUGGCUCUGGCCGGGAUCCCCAUUUUCUUUCUGGAGGUAUCCCUGGGGCAGUUCGCCAGCCAGGGCCCUGUGUCCGUGUGGAAAGCCAUCCCCGCCCUGCAAGGCUGUGGCAUCGCUAUGCUGAUCAUCUCGGUCCUGAUAGCCAUAUACUACAACAUUAUCCUCUGCUACACUCUUUUCUACCUUUUUGCGUCCUUUGUCCCCGUGCUCCCCUGGGCUUCCUGCAACAACCCCUGGAACACACCAGACUGUAAAGAUAAAAACAAACUUUUGUUAGAUUCCUGCAUUAUUGGUAACCACCCAAAAAUACAAAUCAAGAACUCUACUUUUUGCAUGAGUGCCUAUCCAAACCUGACUAUGGUUAACUUCACCAGUGAAGGCAACAAAACCUUCGUCAGUGGAAGUGAAGAAUACUUCAAGUACUUUGUACUGAAGAUUUCAGCAGGGAUUGAAUAUCCUGGUGAGAUCAGAUGGCCCUUGGCACUAUCUCUUUUCCUAGCUUGGGUGAUUGUCUAUGCCUCACUUGCUAAAGGAAUCAAGUCAUCAGGAAAAGUGGUGUACUUUACGGCUACGUUCCCCUAUGUAGUUCUCAUCAUCCUUCUUAUAAGAGGAGUAACUCUACCUGGAGCUGGAGCUGGAAUCUGGUACUUCAUCACGCCAAAGUGGGAGAAGCUAAUUGAUGCUAUGGUUUGGAAGGAUGCUGCCACUCAGAUUUUCUUCUCCUUAUCUGCAGCAUGGGGAGGUCUCAUUACUCUCUCUUCUUACAACAAAUUUCAUAAUAACUGCUACAGGGACACAUUGAUAGUCACAUGUACCAACAGUGCCACAAGUAUAUUUGCAGGUUUUGUCAUCUUCUCAGUUAUUGGCUUCAUGGCAAAUGAACUCAAAGUGAAUAUUGAAGCUGUGGCAGACCAAGGUCCUGGAAUUGCUUUUGUGGUUUACCCAGAAGCCUUAACUAGGCUUCCCCUCUCACCAUUCUGGGCUAUAAUAUUCUUUUUGAUGCUACUGACUCUUGGAUUGGACACUAUGUUUGCCACUAUUGAGACUAUAGUGACUUCUGUUUCGGAUGAGUUCCCCAAAUACUUGCGUACGCACAAGCCACUGUUCACUCUUGGGUGCUGCAUCUCCUUUUUCAUCAUGGGAUUUCCUAUGAUCACUCAGGGUGGAAUGUAUAUGUUACAGCUUGUGGACACUUACGCAGCUUCUUACUCUCUUGUCAUCAUUGCCAUCUUUGAGCUGGUUGGAGUUUCCUAUAUAUAUGGAUUACAAAGAUUUUGUGAAGAUAUAGAAAUGAUGAUUGGAUUUAAGCCAAGCAGAUUCUGGAGAGUCUGUUGGGCAUUUGUGACCCCAACUAUUUUAACAUUUAUUCUUUGCUUCAGUUUUUACCAAUGGGAACCAAUGACUUAUGGAGCUUACCAUUAUCCGGGCUGGUCCAUGGUGCUUGGAUGGCUGAUGCUGGCCUGUUCAGUUAUCUGGAUCCCAGUUAUGUUUGUGAUAAAAAUGCAUCUAGCCCCAGGCAAAUUUAUUGAGCGACUCAAGUUGGUGUGUUCUCCACAGCCUGACUGGGGUCCGUUUUUGGCCAAGCACCGUGGUGAACGUUACAUGAAUAUGAUUGAUCCACUGGGAACCUCUUCCCUGGGACUUAAACUGCCAGUGAAGGAUAUAGAACUGGGGACCCAAUGCUAA